CAGCUACAGUCUUUCUGUAAUGUUUGUUGCUUUUCCUCUAAAAGUUUGUAUAAAUGUGUGCAGGGGAGUUUUGGAGUGUAUUUAUAGUUUCCAAGUAUCAAAAGCUUGCAAGAUUGAUAGUAUUAGAAAGAUUGAAGACAAUGGUCAAGAUGGGGAAAAAGCAGAAAGCAAUAUCCACUUUGGUGGUAGUGUUGGGUCUCAUCUCUGCUUCUAUAGCCAUCGUUGCAGAAAUCAGGCAAUCCAUGGGAAAUAAUGGCGUUUCUAAAAAAGUGGAGGGCGAUGUUAAGGUUUGCUACAAUUGGGAGAAGCAGAACCAACGAGUUCCACAAAUUGGAGCGCUAGCUAUAACUAUUCUUGUCUUGGCUCAAAUCAUCAUAAAUGUUGCAGGUGGUUGGAUAUGCUGUGUUCCCAUUGGCAAGAAUAAUGACUGGGUCCAUGCCAUGCUUUCCCUUAUUCUUUGCUGGGUUUUCUUUGUCAUUGCGAUUGUCUUGUAUAUAGCUGGAAUUCUUCUUAACAGUAAGAAGAUAUUUUAUUGUUAUGAUGUAACUCCUGGGCUGUUUUCAGGAGGAGCAUUUUCAGCGUUGCUUACAGUAGCUUCUGGGGUUCUCUACUACAUUAAAGUCUCUGCCCUAACCACCUCUGAGGACAAAACAGUUAGUUUUGAUCUCUGAUUUAUGAUAUUAAUCAUUCUUUUUAAAAGGGAAUGCUUUUGGCAGUUUUGUAGACAGUCCAGUAAAAGCAUUCACUUAUAUACCAUGAAUGAAUGCUUUAAACUCUGAAAAACUUUUUACUUGAUGUUUAAGAAUGGUAUUCUCAUUUUCAGAGGGCUGAAAAAGGUAAAAAAAAUUCUAGGCACAUGGAAUGAACAUAAGAUCAUGAAUUCCUCUACCUUUAAUCUGUUGGGUCUUCGGAAUGUUAAAUAAUUUGCACUGCAAGAAUAGAACAAUU